CUCAAUACGGCAUGGCCUCCCUUUUACCCAGCAGUUAUAUUUAAAAGUCAAUCAGGUGUAAUAUUAUGAACAUUUUAGUAGUAGGAACCAAACGACGAGGAAGUUGUUUUUAGAUUCAAGCAUCUAUUUACAAUGUACCUUUGGACCUAGUGCAGUACUUUAUAUAAAGUGAAAUUUGUUAUUGAUUAAAAGAAACUUUAAAAAAGAAAAAAAAAAGACUUUUUUUAGAAGGAAAUAUUAGAGAAAAUGAAAACUUCUCUUUCCAAAAAAGAACCUCCAAGUUAUUCAGGUCCUAGUCAAAAUGUUUCGCCAGGUGUCUCCUUUGUACCUCAAAAUUGCGUACCUUUAUCUCAGGCCCAAUGUGGCCCAGCAGCUCCAGUCCAAGGCUAUAUCCCCCCUCCUCAACCUUCAAACUUUGGCCCACCGACGAACAGCAGCCCAUAUUUCAUCAACACAGCCAACACCCCGCCCUACACAGCCUCGUUGGACAGAAGCUACCAUACCGCAGCAACCAGGUUGGCUCUUUUACCUCGCAAGUCGGUCCUGGAAGCCUACUUGCUGGCAGUUUCGCCUUUUGGAAUCCUAGGAGCUCAUCACUUUUACCUCAGGAGAUACUACUGGGGCAUCGUCUACUUUUUCACCCUAGGAUUAGCGGGAUGCGGCUAUCUCGUCGACUGGUUCAGGGUUCCUUUCCUUGUCAAAGACGCCAACGAAAAGCUUCAGAGCACGGACCCCAAAGUGGAGGAGAAAAAGAAUCUUUCCGACGCUUACACUUUGUGGUUUCCUUUCGGCCUUCUCGGGUUCCACCAUUACUACCUGGGAAACUACGCUUGGGGAGCCGUGUACACAUUUAGCGGAGGAAUCUUCGGCAUAGGCUGGCUGGUCGACUCCAUUCGCAUGCCCUGGCUAGUCAAAGGUGCCAACGAGAGAAUAAUGUCCAGUCCCAUAGAGAGAAACGAGAAGAACCUCUGUCCAGCUUACGCUUUGGGCUUGACUCCUAUCGGAAUCCUGGGAGGGCAUCACUACUAUCUCAACCGCCCUCUGUGGGGCGUGCUCUACACACUGACCUUAGGUAUGGUGGGUGUUGGCUGGUUAUUUGACUGGAUCAGAAUGCCCUACAUCGUGACCAGAGUCAACGAAGAAGUACGAGGUAAGAGGCCGCCAAACGUAAAGACUGCAGACGACGCGUAUAUCCUGUGGUUCGUUUUUGGUCUCCUCGGCUUCCACCAUUUCUAUCUGGGGCGCCCUCUCUGGGGACUGCUGUAUUUCUUCACUCUGGGUCUGUUUGGCAUAGGCUGGCUCGUAGACAUGUGUAGGAUACCUUUUUUGGUCAAGGAAGUGAACAAGGAGAAUGAAGAAAGGCGCCGCAUUAUUGCAAGUCAGAUCGAGGAAGCAAACAGGCAGACAGUGGCCCACGUUACAGUUACACGAGGUUAUCAAAAUUACGGUAUGGUCAACCCAGGAGAGUACCCACCUUCGGGACCACAGACAGGACUAUAUCCUAACUAUCCAGUGGCUUACAACUAUGGUCAGGGCGCUGCCGCCCAGUCCUACCAAACAGCGGGCUACGACUACUUCGCUCCAGGGCAGCCGCCAAGCACAGUCAUCAUGGCCGAGCCCCAGCCGCCACCAUACUCCCCCAGAGAACAGGAAGCAGGUCCGUUACCAGAGAAGCACAUGGUUUAGUAGGCCUCCCUACUUUCUGACAAACAUGUCAGUUCAAAUGUAUCAGUCCAAUGAGCGUAUUCACCAAAUUAACGGGAAAAAGAA